AUGGGGCCGCCGAGAGGUGUGAAGACUGUCUUUCUGCUGCUGAGUGCCGCCCUCGUCAGUCCGGCCGUCGGUAUAGCGCCGCGGCGGUUCCCAGUCACUAGGCGGGCAGUCUGCACGGCGCCUGGUGAAGUCAUCUGCACCACCAACUGCACACGGGUAGUGUUGUGUUUAGGCGAUGGUACAGGUGGGUACAUUCCUACGGUGGUGGCAACAUGUGAAUCCAACACGAGGUGCAGCACGGAGCAGGCCGAUUGCGUUGCAAAAGAGGAUUCUGACUGCCACCCGCCCGCCGACUUCGCGUGCCACGACGUCGGGUUCUUCCCUGACCCCUACGACUGCCAGAGGUUUCACGUCUGCACUGAAGUCAACGCAGAUUCUGAAUCUUUUUCGUGCUCUGGCGCUACGGCGUACAAUCCUCUGACAGCAGACUGCAGCCUGACGAAAUCCGACCGAGUGUGCACGGAAGGCCCUGUUGUGCCUUGCUCUCAGCCGGGGCAGAUUGGUAUUGUUCCAGAGAACCCCGCCAUCUACUACAUUUGCGUGAAGCAGGAAGACGAAAUCGUCCCGGAAAUGUACAGAUGUCCUGGCAGCCAGAUCUUUGACACUGCCGUUGCUGCCUGUGUUGAGACCACAUCCACAACCAUGGCGAUUAUGGGAAUCUAACCGGUAGCUACGAUAUCACGAAGCAGCCACAACCCUGAUUCGGAGCAGUCAUCGUGUUCAGAUGAAGUACGACAGUCGAGUGGAUUGGCACCGUGUGCGAUGUUGGUUUAUCUCACAUCCUGUGUCCACUGAGAGUGUGUCUUCACUUUUGCCCAAUCAAGGGCCGUAAUUAUUUAUUUUAGCUAA